GAUGAGCCGCUUACUGAAUCUCCUAUUGUUUUGUGCGCUGUGCGUCAGCUUUGCCAGUAGCCAGGACACCAGCGAGGCAAACAGCCCCAUUCCAGAGGAGGCUGCCACGGAGGCAGCACGCGGCUUGGCCAGCAGCUAUGAGCCGGAGGAUAAGCAGGCGUUAAAGAAGAACUCGCACAUUUAUAUGGGCAUCUAUAAGAACUACAAGAGCACCUAUCUGGGCAACAAGACGACGAGUGAAUACAGAAAGCGACUGCGGGAACGCGUGAGUGCGGCAAAGCUGGCCAACAAUGAGGCGGAGGCUGCCACAGAGGCAGUCGAGUACCAGGAGCUGGAGCAGCAGCAACAGCAGCAGCUGGAAAUUGAUGAUGCACUCGCGCAGGAGCUGCGCAACGAGGCAAAUGCGGAGGCGCUGCUGGAGGCACAGACCGACACGCCCAUCUAUGAUGACAAUGAGACGGCGGGCGGCAAGAAGAGGCGCAAGCGCAAACGCAAGAACCGCAACAACAGCAACAACAACAACAACAACAGCAACCAGAGGCUGGAAGAGCAGCUGCUCGAAGCAGAGCCCAGUUUGGCAGAGGAUGCCACAUUCGAUAACGUGCAGCACUACCAUGUGGGACCCGGUCUCAAUGUCAGCCUGGACAUGAGCAAUCACAUUGUGCGGGUCAAAAUGGAUGGUGAGAACCUCAGAGAGAUCAUCGGCGCUCGCUGGCUGACCACGGACAACAGCGAGGAGGGUCGUGGCAAGAAGUACGAUAUGAUCACCAAGGUGUUGCCGCUGUUCAUAUUGCCGUUUCUCAUCCAGUCGGCGAUUGUGCCGUUUUUGGUUACCAAGCUGAAGCUGCUGCUGGUCAAGUCCAUAUUGGUGGGCAAACUGGCUAUAUUCUUGCUCAUCCUGUCGGCCAUCAAGAACAGCAACAAAAUGAUGCAAUCGUAUGAGGUGGCGCCCUCGUAUUGGGCCAGCGAGCCAAGCCGAAGGUCCGAACUGGCGGCAGCUGCCUCAUCCGCAGCUGCGGCCUACAAUGGCUACCGGGUGGAGGGCAAACCCACCACCUGGGUCAAUUAG